AUGACCUCGCGCGUCUUCUCUCCCUCAUCCGCCUCCGCCUCCGGCUCUACUCGUCGCCCGUCCAUCUCAGCCCGGCGACUUACCAGGCGACUCUCGUCCCUGUCAGGCCUCGAAAAUGGCGAGGCUCCUCCCCUAGUUGCACCCGUGGCGCAGGCUAUCACAGAAGAGAUUGCAGAGAUAAAAAGAUAUGAAGAUUUCACCACCAUUGACUGGGUCCAAGAUGCCGCCCAAGAACAACUGCGGCGUCGCACCCGGCGGAGAGAGACAAAGUUCUUUGAACGGGACGGUGUCUUGGGUUGGCGGCGCAAGCUGUGGGAGUCCUAUGAUGCUGCGCAGGCAUGGAUCGUCAUUACGCUGGUUGGCAUUGUCAUUGGCCUCAAUGCCGCCGCGCUGAACAUCAUCACUGAGUGGUUGUCCGAUAUCAAAAUGGGCUAUUGCACGACCGCCUGGUAUCUCAAUGAAGGCUUCUGCUGUUACGGCUCCGAGGAGGGCUGUGACGAGUGGCACAGAUGGACUUCGGUCACCAUUGUCAAUUACUUCAUCUAUGCCAUUUUCGCCGUGCUGCUGGCCUUCGUUUCUGCCUACUUGGUCAAGUCCUACGCUCCUUAUGCUGCCGGUUCCGGCAUCUCCGAGAUCAAGUGCAUCAUUGCAGGCUUCGUCAUGAAGGGCUUUCUAGGGUUCUGGACCUUUUUCAUCAAGUCCAUCUGCCUCCCUCUGGCUAUCGCUUCUGGCCUCUCGGUGGGCAAAGAGGGCCCGAGUGUACAUUACGCUGUCUGCGUGGGAAAUGUCAUUUCUCGAUUCUUCGGCAAGUACAAACGAAGCGCCUCCAAGACCCGCGAGAUCUUGACAGCAACCGCCGGAGCUGGAGUGGCCGUCGCGUUCGGCAGUCCGAUUGGUGGUGUGCUGUUCUCCCUCGAGGAGAUGGCAUCUUAUUUCCCGCUCAAGACCUUGUGGAGGAGCUAUUUCUGCGCCCUUGUUGCGACUGCCGUGUUGAGUGCAAUGAAUCCCUUCCGCACUGGUCAGCUGGUCAUGUUCUCCGUCAAGUACGACAGAGACUGGCACUUUUUCGAGGUCUUCUUCUACAUCAUCCUGGGCAUCUUCGGUGGGCUUUACGGAGCCUUCGUGAUAAAGUGGAACCUCAAAGCUCAAGCAUUCCGAAAGAAAUACUUGUCCAAGUACGCCAUCCCAGAAGCUGUGAUUCUGGCUGGUGCCACGGCGCUUCUUUGCUACCCCAACAUGUUCCUCAGAAUAGACAUGACCGAGAUGAUGGAGAUGUUGUUCCGCGAAUGCGAGGGUGACUACGACUAUAACGGACUCUGCGAGGCAAAGAAUCGACUCUCCCUUAUUGGUUCUUUGCUGGUUGCAACUCUCUUGCGCAUAUUCCUUGUUAUCAUUUCCUAUGGGUGCAAAGUGCCCGCGGGUAUAUUCGUGCCGUCUAUGGCGAUUGGAGCCUCCUUUGGCCGCAUGUUGGGCAUGAUGGUACAAUGGCUGUAUGAGACUUUUCCGGAUUCAAAGUUCUUCUCCGCCUGCCAGCCCGACGUGCCAUGCAUCACCCCGGGCACAUACGCCUUUUUAGGGGCGGGUGCAGCACUGAGUGGGAUUAUGCAUCUGACAAUUUCGGUCACUGUCAUCAUGUUUGAGCUUACCGGGGCGUUGACAUAUAUACUUCCGACCAUGAUUGUGGUCGGUGUCACUAAGGCCGUGGGGGACCGAUUCAGUAAGUCGGGUAUCGCAGACCGGAUGAUCUCUUUCAGCGGCUUUCCGUUCCUCGACAACAAAGAAGAGCAUUCCUUUGGGGUGUCAGUGUCCCAGGUCAUGACCAGUAAUAUUACGAUACUUCCUGCGACCGGAAUGGAGGUCAAGGCUGUGGCGAAACUACUCGAUGACACAUCCUACUCGGGAUUUCCAAUCGUGGAAGACAAGGAUUCGAAAAUCCUCGUGGGCUAUAUCGGGAGGACUGAGCUCCAAUUCGCCAUCGAUCGCGCAAAAAGACAGGACGCGUUAGCCUCAGAUGCCAAAUGUAUCUUUGCGACUGAGCGAGAGGAUGGUACUGAAACACCAACCCCGCUCAGUCCGACUGUCACUCUGGACUCGGCGACGGUACGCAGCGUGGACUUUAGCCCGUUUGUCGAUGCGACUCCUAUAACCGUCCAUCCGCGCUUACCGCUUGAGACAGUGCUGGAGAUUUUCAAGAAGAUGGGUCCACGGGUGAUCCUCGUCGAUCAUCAUGGUCGUCUCGAAGGGUUGGUUACUGUCAAAGACUGCCUGAAGUACCAAGUCAAGGUCGAGGCACAAGAGCAUUCGGCGGCUGCGAGGGACGAGUCAGCAAUACAGCAGGAGAGAUUCGUCGAUGUCCUCGGGAGGAUUGGUGAGUACAUUGCGGAUAAGAUCAACGAUCUUUCACGUGGUCGACUGAAACUCAGUCCGCGGACUGUCAGUGGAUGGACGAGAGUGGUCGGAGACGAUAGACGUGGCAAUUUUGCAGAUGAUUACAGCCAUGAAAACGACAUAUUGGAUGGGACUGAAGAUGUGCCUGAACAUGGUCAGGAAGGCGUCGAACUAGAUACGAGAUAA